AUGUGUGGAGGAGAGCUAUAAAAGUUACUGAGCAGGAGUCCUUCCAACAGGACCGGGAGCGUCUCGAAGAGGAAGGGUUCUCCAUCAGAUCUCCUGCUGCCUUACAGUGAAGUGUUGAGGUUCAGUUUGAUUUCCAGCAGUCAGAAUGAUGGCUCCAGCUCUGCUCUCUGCAGUCCUGCUGCUGCUGCUGCUUCCUGCAGCUUCAGCUGACAGUUCAGAUCCAACUAACUUCACUAUCAUGGUCACAAACGCUGUAACAGAUUCUGCCAAUCAGACCUACUCCACGUAUGUGGUUUACAGAGGGAUCUUACUGGGUGGAAUGAGAAGACUGCAGGACUCAAACUCAGGCUUCAUUUUCACCUACACUGAGAAUCUAAACUACGGCCCGUUCCUGGAGAGCGUGAACGGUUUGGCUGGGAAUUCAGAAGAGCGCACCUAUUGGGAGCUGCUGGUCCAGAAACCAAACAGCACAGUCAUCAGACCUGAUGUUGGUAUCGGAUGCUACAUUCCAUCUGCAAAUGACAAAAUCAUCCUGAAUUUUAACAGAUACUGAAGAUUCAGGAGCCACUGGAAAUCACCAUGCAACUAAAGCCUGAUUCAACUGUAUGAUUAUAUAUUUCACAGAUCAGCAUUCAACCAAGGUCCAUCAAGCUCUUUGGUCAGAGAGUAAUUACAGCUUAAUAAAAGAUCACUGAUGUAAACAGUGUACUGUGUGAGGAAACACUAUCGUAGUACUGAUAGCACUGACAAGGAACGAGCUGACAUUACUUUGUCUUUACUUUUGGAUGAUUAUCUCUCACCUUGAAUUUCCUGCUUGGUAACCAGAUACUUCCUCAUAGAGAUUUCUUCUUAUUACUCAAGCUGUGAGAUAACACACUGCUGUUUUACACUUCAGAAUACUUUGUGUGAAUCUUCUGAAAUAAUAAACAAAAAUACAUUUAA